GGAAACACCCACAAUUAAUAGACAUUCACUUUAGCUGUGUGCCCAAGACUUCUGCACCACUCCCCACUACACACUGAGGAUAUCCUGUUAGAUCUGUGUGUGUGUGUAUGUGUGUUAAUGACAAAUGGGAGGGUAGAAACUCCAGGCUGCUUGAUAGUUCAGCUAUCACUCCACAUCAGAGCUGGAAGGAGUCAUCUGGUGUCCGCAGGCUUCACACAGAAGACGUUUUGGCCUCAGGAGGGAUCUGCCCUCUUCAUCUCCAGCACACUCAACAUCACAGCAAGACCAUGAGCACUCACGGACACAACCACUCGCUGGACUACCUGAAUGGCACACCGUGGUUUGUCUUCGAGUGCACCAUCGAGUUGGAUGCAAACUAUCGGCGCAUCGCCCUCUUCCUGCUCUAUCUUUUCAUCUUCGUGGUGGGCCUGCUGGAAAACAUGCUGGUCAUCUGGGUCAACUGGCGUCGACGCCACUCAGCCAGUGGGGUUCUCUUCUGCAUCAUCAACGUGAGCCUGUCGGACCUGAUGGUGAUUGUGAUCCUUCCUUUCUUCAUGAUGGAGGUGACCAUGGACAAGGUUUGGCUGUGGGGCCGUUUCCUCUGCAAGGUCACCAACCUCAUCUAUGUGAUCAACUUCUACAGCAGCUCCUUCUUCCUGGCCUUCAUGACCCUGGAGCGCUACCUGUCCCUGACCAGACCCACAUUUCCAGCCUUCUUCCCUGUGGUGGGCCGACGCCGCUGGGUGCUUUGUGGAGGCCUGUGGGUGUUCUCCUUGUUCCUGGCUUUGAUGGAGAACGUCCAUGUGGAUCUUCUAGAGUGGGACGAGCCAGGCUGUUACAUGAUGCCGGAGUACAGCUUCACCGAAUGGUUUGUCUCUGUGUCUUUCCUUUGCCUGCUCUUCCAGUUCCUUGGCCCCGCUGUAGUCAUCAUCACCUGUAACGUGCUGAUCGCUCGUGCGGUUAAAACUGUGCCGGACGUGCAGGACCGGCGGGACGUGUGGCUGGUGCACGUGUACUCCCUGGUGUUUGUCAUGUGCUGGCUGCCGUACCACUUGGUCAUGUUCCUGAUGAUCAUCGACGACCUCGACCCCUACGUCUUCAGCUGCAACACCGUAGAAGUCCUCUACUUCUCAUUCAGCGUGGUGCAGAGCCUGUCGCUUUUUCACUGUGUCGCCAACCCCAUCCUGUACAACUUCCUCAGCAAGAGCUUCCGUAACAACCUGAUCAACACUGUGGUGAACUGCAUACCCAAAGAGCCAACUGAGGUCCAGGUGGGAGCAGGGACCCAGUCCAACGCACCCAACGGCGGCGGGGGAGACCCUGCAAAGCAACGCAAGUUAAGUAAUGCCAGCACCAGCGACUCUGACGUUGGCUCAUAAGAAAGAAGGUGAGAUAAGAAAAGAGUUGAAGAGCAAGACGAUGUUUUCUAAGCAAAGAAAGAUUUGACAGAACUGAACCCAGUGUUGAUGCUUCAGAAAACCGGAGGCGUGGAUUAUACAUCUCACUGUGGUCAUGGACUCGCUGUGCUCUUUGUAACAGAUGGGCUCACCAACACCUUCCUCGAAUAUCCCACCUCCUGUUUUGUUUUGUUUUGUUUUGUCAUUUUUAAAUCAUGUAUCUGAUGAAAGUUUUAAACAGAGGAAGGCAGGAAAUGUUUCAACUCCCACAGGAACUCAUUGCAACUUCUGGGAAUAAUGGAGCCGCACCAGGAAUGAACAAGUCUGCCGUCUGUCCACUGACAGACAUACGAGCAGUCCUCUUCAACACAUACACGUCUUACAAAAUGUAACUACAUUGUUUUAUUUCAUUAAAAAUCUAAUCAUAGCUCACUAAAUGCUUAUUUAUCUGUUUCUGGUUGCUGCUGUAGUGUGCUGUAACAUGGUCACCUGUUAAAAUGCAAUAAAACCCCGUCAAUCACUGA